UCAUUAUUUUGUUUGUGGGUUCUGUAUGGAGGUUUGGAACAAUAAGCAGUCAGUGUUUGGAUUUGUUGUUUGAUUUUAUAAGGCCAUGGAUCAAGGGUGGAUAAGGUUCCCCUUGUUGGUAGUCGUCCUGCUUUUUUGGAUGAAUGCUGAUGGAUAUUCAUAUUCAACUUCUCCAAAUGCUGACCAAUGGUUGGGUCAGCCAUCUGAGAAAACUUUCUUGCCUCUGGUCGUCCAGUCUUCUGUGGCAGAAGCCCCUGUUACUGGGGUUUUGCUCGAAGAAGUGGUCUCUAGUUUGCCAAAAAACAGACCCAAGUUUAAUCUACUUCAGGUUGUUAAAGGUGGUGUUUCCAGCAGUUCUGACUCUACACCCCAAACUCUAUCUCUAAAUACCCCCUCCUCAGCUUCUCUGCCUGUGGAUCAAUCUGGUAAAAGUGGUUCAGUGUCAUUUAAGGGCUCAUCUGGAUCCACCACUGCAUAUGCUACAAGUGGUUCUGGACAAAUUGUUUUUGCGCAAAGGGAAAGUGGCAGCUUUUCUUCCAACGCUGGAGUUUCUGGCCAGUCCACUAAUGACCAGAGCUCCCCUAGUCUGUCUAGUUCAGCUUCUCAAGGUACCACAUAUGGAUUAACUUCCCUGGUUCAAGGUACAAAUCAGUUUGCUCCAGGAUCUUCAUCCUCUUAUGCAACCAUAUCAUUGCCCAAAUAUGUUAGCCAGUUGAAAACUGGACCAAGUUCAAAGCCAUUUAUGACUGUCUAUGGCACCCAGACUUUGCAAGGAAGUACCACAUAUGGUGGAAAAAUUCAGACUACAGAUACCGCAAGUCAGUUCGUUAAAGGAUCUACAUCUCCAGAUGUAGUAAUAUCCUUGUCCCAAGAUGUUUCUAGUCAGUCAGCUGUGCCCAGUUCAAAGCAGAUUACCUCGGUCUAUAGCACUCAGACUGGAUCCUCUGCUCCUUUUACUCUGCAAGAACUAUUCCAGGGUCAAGAUUCAACAAGCAAGUUUGUUUCAGGAUCUUUAACCCCAUCUGUAGCUGUAUCAUUGGCCCAAGGUGUUUCUAGCCAGUCAGCUUUACCAAGUUCAAAGCGUAUAACCUCUGUCUAUAGCACCCAGACAGGAUCCUCUGCCCCUUUCACUUUGCAGAGAUUAGUCCAAGCUCCAGAUAUGAGCACUGUGAUUUCAGGAUCUUUAACCCCAUCCGAAGCUAUAUUAUCGGCCCAAGGUGUUCCUAGCUAUUCAACUGUGCCAAGUUCAAAGAAGACCAUUACAUCCGACUUCAGCACUCAAACCGGAUCCUCUGCUCCUUUCACUUUCCAAGAAAGCACCACUUAUGGUGGACUCAUCCAGGCUCAAGAUACAAGUCAGUCUGUUUUGGGAUCAUCAACCCCUUAUGUUGCUGUGUCCAUACCCCAAGUCGUUACUAGUCAAUCAGCUAUGCCAAGUUCAAAGCAGACAACCUCUGUCUAUAGCACUCAGACAGGAUCUUCUGCUCCUUUCACUCUGCAAGAACUACUCCAGGGUCAAGAUUCAACAAGCAAGGUUGAUUCCGUAUCUUCAACCCCUUUUGUCUCUGUAUCAUUGCCCCAAGUUUUUACAAGUCAGUCAGCUACUGUGCCAAGUCCCAAGAAGCCAAUUACCUCUGUCUAUAGCACCCACAGACUAGUCCAGGCUCCAGGUGUACCCCACAAGGUUGUUUCAGGAUCCUUAACCCCAUCUGUAGCUGUAUCGUUGACACAAGGUGUUCCUAGCCAGUCCACUGUACCAAGUUCAAAGAAAACCAUUACCUCAGUCUAUAGCUCUCAAAAAGGAUCCUCUGCCCCUUUUACUUUGCAGAGACUAGUCCAAGCUCCAGAUACAACAAGCACCGUGAUUUCAGAAUCUUUAACCCCAUCUAAAGCCAUAUUAUUGACCCAAGGUGUUCCUAGCCAGUCAGCUGUUCCAAGUUCAAAGACUAUUACCUCAGUCUAUAGCACUCAAACAGGAUCCUCUGCCCCUUUCACUUUGCAGAGGUUAGUCCAAGCUCCAGAUACAAGCACUGUGAUUUCAGGAUCCCUAACCCCAUCUGAAACCAUAUUAUUGGCCCAAGGUGUUCCUAGGCAGUCGGCUGUGCCAAGUUCAAAGAAGACCAUUACCUCAGUCCACAGCACUCAAACAGGAUCCUCUGCUCCUUUCACUUUCCAAGAAAUCACUGCUAAUGGUGGACUGAUCCAGGCUCAAGAUACAAGUCAGUCUGUUUUGGGAAUAUCAACCCCUUAUGUAGCUGUGUCCAUACCCCAAGUCAUUACUAGUCAAUCAGCUGUUCCAAGUUCAAAGCAGACAACCUCUGUCUAUAGCACUCAGACAGGAUCUUCUGCUCCUUUCACUCUGCAAGAACUACUCCAGGGUCAAGAUUCAACAAGCAAGGUUGAUUCAGUAUCUUCAACCCCUUUUGUCUCUGUAUCAUUGCCCCAAGUUUUUACAAGUCAGUCAGCUACUGUGCCAAAUUCCAAGAAGCCAAUUACCUCUGUCUUGGGCACCCACAGAUUAGUCCAGGCUCCAGAUGUACUUCACAAGGUUGUUUCGGGAUCCUUAACCCCAUCUGUAGCAGUAUCAUUGGCCCAAGUUGUUCCUAGCCAGUCAGCUGUGCCAAGUUCAAAGAAGACCAUUACCUCAGUCUACAGCACUCAAACAGGAUCCUCUGCCCCUUUCACUUUGCAGAGGUUAGUCCAAGCUCCAGAUACAACAAGCACUGUGAUUUCAGGAUCUUUAACCCCAUCUGAAACCAUAUUAUUGGCCCAAGGUGUUCCUAGCCAGUCAGCUGUUCCAAGUUCAAAGAAGACUAUUACCUCAGUCUACAGCACUCAAACAGGAUCCUCUGCUCCUUUCACUCUGCAAGAACUUUUCCAGGGUCAAGAUUCAACAAGCAAGGUUGUUUCAGGAUCCUUAACCCCCUCUGUAGACGUAUCAUUGGCCCAAGUUGUUCCUAGCCAGUCAGCUGUGCCAAGUUCAAAGAAGACCAUUACCUCAGUCUAUAGCACUCAAACAGGAUCCUCUGCCCCUUUCACUUUGCAGAGGUUAGUCCAAGCUCCAGAUACAACAAGCACUGUGAUUUCAGGAUCUUUAACCCCAUCUGAAACCAUAUUAUUGGCCCAAGGUGUUCCUAGCCAGUCAGCUGUUCCAAGUUCAAAGAAGACUAUUACCUCAGUCUACAGCACUCAAACAGGAUCCUCUGCUCCUUUCACUCUGCAAGAACUUUUCCAGGGUCAAGAUUCAACAAGCAAGGUUGUUUCAGGAUCCUUAACCCCCUCUGUAGACGUAUCAUUGGCCCAAGUUGUUCCUAGCCAGUCAGCUGUGCCAAGUUCAAAGAAGACCAUUACCUCAGUCUAUAGCACUCAAACAGGAUCCUCUGCCCCUUUCACUUUGCAGAGGUUUGUCCAAGCUCCAGAUACAACAAGCACUGUGAUUUCAGGAUCCUUAACCCCAUCUGAAACCAUAUUAUUGGCCCAAGGUGUUCCUAGCCAGUCAACUGUUCCAAGUUCAAAGAAGACUAUUACCUCAGUCCAUAGCACCCAAACAGGAUCCUCUGCUCCUAUCACUUUCCAAGAAAGCACCACUUAUGGUGGAACGAUCCAGGCUCAAGGUACAAGCCAGUCUGUUUCGGGAUCAUCAACCCCCUUUGUAGCUGUGUCCAUGCCCCAAGGUGUUACUAGUCAAUCAGCUGUGCCAAGUUCAAAGCAAAUUACCUCUGUCUAUAGCACCCAGAUAGGAUCGUCUGCCCCUUUCACUUUGCAGAGUAUAGUCAAGGCUCAAGAUACAAGCAAGGUUAUUUCAGAAUUUUCAGCCCCAUCUGUUGCUGUAGCACUAGCCCAAGCUGUUCCUAGCCAGUCAGCUGUACCAAGUUCAAAGCAGAUUACCUCUGUCUUUAAGACUCAACAAGGAUCCUCUGCUCCGUUCACUUUCCAAGGAGGCACCACAUAUGGCGUACCGAUUCAGGCUCAAGAUACAACAAGCCAGUUUGUUUCACGAUCUUCAACCCCUGUUGUAGCUGUGUCAUUGCCCCAAGAUGUUGUUAGUCCAUCAAUAACUGUGCCAAGUUCAAAGAAGCCCAUUACCUCCGUUUAUGGCACUCUGACUGGGUCUUCUGCUCUCUUCACUUUGCAAGGUCUACUCCAGGGUAAGGAAUCAACAAGCCAGGUUGUUUCAGUAUCUUCCCCCUAUGUGGCUGUAUCACUGCCCCAAGGUAUUACUAGUCAGUCAACAAUUGUGCCAAGUUCAAAAAAGACCUUUACCUCCGUCUAUGGCACUCAGACAGAGUCCUCUACUCCUUUUGUACUACAAGGAACACUCGAGAGUCAAGAUUCAACAAGCCAGGUUGUUUCUGUAUCGUCAACCCCAUAUGUAUCUGUGUCCUUGCCCCAAGAUGUUACUAGUCAGUCAGCUGUGCCAAGUUCAAAGCGGAUAACCUCGGUCUAUAGCACCCAGACGGGAUCCUCUGCCCCUUUCACUUUGCAGAGACUAGUCCAGGCUCAAGAUGCAACAAGCGAGAUUGGUUCAGGAUCUUCAACUCCAUCUGUAGUUGUCACUGGACCAAGGUGUACCAAGUUCAAAGCAGAUUACCUCUGUCUAUGACACUCAGACAGGAUCAUCGGCUCCUUUCACCUUGCAAGGAGGCACCGCAUAUAGUGGACUAACUCAGGCUCUAGAUUCAGCAAGCCAGGUUGUUUUAGGAUCUUCAUCCCCAUAUGUAGCUGUAGCAUUGCCCCAAGUUGUUACUAUUCAGUCGACUACUGUGCCAAGUUCAAAGAAGCCAUUUGCCUCUGUCUAUGGCACUCAGACUGGGUCUUCUGCUCCCCUCGCUUUACAAGGACUACUCCAGGGUCAAGAAUCAAGCCAGGUAUUUUCAGUAUCUUCCCCUUAUGUGGCUGUUUCACUGCCUCAAGGUAUUACUAGUCAGUCAACAACUGUGCCAAGUUCAAAGCAGAUCACCACUGUCUAUGGAACUCAGACCAGUUCUUCUGCUCCCCUCACUUUGCAAAGACUAUUCCAGGGUCGAGGUUCAACAAGAGUUUCAGGAUCUUCUUCCCCAUAUGUAGCUGUAUCAUUGCCCCAAGGUGUUAAUAGUCAGUCAAUGACUGUGCCAAUUUCAAAGCAGAUCACUUCUUCUGUCUAUAGCACCCAAACUGGAUCCUCUCCCACUCUGAAUGUGCAAGGACUACUCCAUCCUCAGGAUUCUACUGAUCAGUUUACUUUAAGACGUGACUCUGUCAAGGGCUAGGAGACUGUUAAACUGUCAUGUUUCAAUUUUUGUUUGCAACUGGUUUUUAAAUAAAAAUUUGAAGUCUGGGAUG